AAAAAAAUGGUCCUUUUGUAUGUUGUUUUUAAUUUUCUCAAGUUCGUUUUGAUCAAAUUGUUUGUAACUAUGCUGAUUUAUUUUUGAAAAAUGUGUUUGCUAGGGACGUGUCGUCAAAGAUUGAUUUAGCCCAAUUUCUGUCUCAAGAUAUUGUAGAACUAUGGAAUGAAUGGCAGAUUCGGUCAUUAAUGUUACUCAGUCUCCUUCUGCAAAUCUUGCUCACCAUUUUUGGAGAACGACGGAAGUAUACUAGUGGACGUUUGCUUGGGACUUUUCUUUGGGUAGCAUACCUGUCUGCAGAUUGGGUGGCAACUUUUUCGUUGGGUAUCCUUGCUCGCAGCGAAGCCGACUCCGCAAAUCCGAAAUUAAUUCCUGUAUUUUGGGCUCCAAUCCUUCUUGUUCACCUUGGUGGCCCUGGAACUAUUCCUGUUUAUUCAAUGGAUCAAGCCAGCAAAUUAUUGAUAGGUCGCCUUCUUCAGCUAGUAACCCGAGUUGGUGUGGCUUGUUAUGUCUUGUUCAGGUUAUGGAACAACAAUGUCAUCACGUCGGUAUUCAUUCCCAUCUUUGUUUCAGGAAUCAUCAAAUAUGGUGAAAGGAUUUCGGUUUUGACGAGACUCCACGUAUACAAUAAUGUGUCGCCACGACCUUGUGCGGAAGUACAUCGCAUCAAGAUUAAAGAUAUAUUACCCUGCUACAAGAAUACAAGAAGUAAUGUCAUAUAUCUCCAUGAAGCUCAUAUUUUAUAUAAAACGUUCCAGAUACUGUCCAAGAAUUUUGAUCUCGUCAGAUCGGAUCAAAAAUUCACCUAUGAUUUGGUUUCUAAAAAGGAAGCGGAGGAAGCCUUCCACUUGACAGAAGUUGAGCUGGGAUUAAAGUAUGAUCGGUUUUAUUCUAAGGUGACAAGGAUUUCCAGGUCUCGCGUCAUUCUCCGCUCUACCACCUUCUUAUCAUCUAUUUCUGCAUUAGUUUCCUUCUCAAUAAUGACAAAGAGCAAUGGUGUCUAUUCGAAAAAUGAUAAGAUUAUAUCUUACGUGUUGCUGAGUGGAGUUGUGUGCCUUGAAACUUAUUCCAUCAUUAUGCAACUCUUUUCCGACUGGACUAUGAUUUGGCUUACCAGUACUAGUGAAAGAGCUGGUGGUAUUCCCCGUGGAAUCAAUUGUCUUUCUCUGUUACUAACAUUUUGGAGGAAGCGCAAAAGAUGGUGGUCAGGAUCUAUGGGACAACACAACCUAAUAAGUGCUCAAUCAAACAAACCAGUGAACAAGCUUCUUAAGAAGUACUUUCCAUGGAUCAUAGGGAACAUUGAUAGCCGGAAAAAAGUGGGCAAGGAUUUAAAAGAAUUGAUCUUCAAACAAGUCAAGGAUAAACGUUCAAGGUACGAUCCCGAUACCAUUGAUUUCCUUACCCUCCUUAAGCUAUUGGAAGAGAGAGGUAACAAUGCGCUUCAAAGAUAUGAUUGUUUCGAUAAACUGGGAUGGAGCGUGACUCAUGUAGAAUUCAGUCAAAGCCUCCUCAUUUGGCACGUUGCUACUCUUGUUUGUUACAUUGACGAUUCUCAGAAUAAUAGUUUUGCCAAGGAACGAAAUUGCGUAAUGAGCAGCAGAUCAUUAUCCGAUUACAUGUUGUAUCUCCUGGUUUAUCGUCCAACUAUGUUAGCGAUAAAGCUCAGCGGAACAGGGUAUGCAGAAACUACCACUCAUUUGGGUCGUCUCCUUCGCAGGAAUACCUUAGAUGAAUUGCAUGCGUUAUUUCUCAAAGAAUUGCUUCCAGAUCCGCCUGCCAUGUUAAAUAAAAUUAAACUUACUGACGCAGGAGGAAUGUCAGCCCUGCUAGAUGGUUGCGUGCUUGCUAUGUCAUUGCAGACACUGGAUGGUUGUCCAAAUGAAAAGAAAUGGGAAAUGAUAAGUGAAGUGUGGGUGGAAAUGCUGAUGUAUGCUGCAAGUCAUUGUGGAUGGAAGCAGCAUGCUGAUGCACUUGCUCGAGGUGGGGAGCUACUCACUCAUGUGUGUCUUCUCAUGUCACAUCUCGGUUUAAGCAAGCCAUGUCGACCUGAAGUAAGUAAACAAUAUUUAGCUGACCAGUCUAAAAGGCUUGAUGAUCUGUCUGAACGUCAAUGGGUCUAUGAGAUUCCUCUUGCUUAGCUAGUUUAGUCCUCUUGGGGUUUAGCUUUAUUUUGUUGUUUUGAUGUAUUGUAACUUUUCCUCAUUUCCGCUGCUUGGUCAUUAAAAACAUUGCUUGUUCUUAGUCUUUUAGACCUUUCGUUGUCUUGUUUUCUUGGUGUUGUCUUGUUUUCUUGGCAUCUUUUAUUAAUAACACAGGAAAAAUAAACAAAUCGUCAAACACUAUUUUUACU